CGCUCAUAACCUGAAAUGACCCGAAACCGAAUGUAUUGGAUCAAUAUUUUACCCGAAAUAAGCCAACCCAACAUUACCCAACCUGUAACUCGAAAUCACCCAGCCCGACCAAUUGCCAGGUCAAACAAUAAUUAAAAAAUGCAGGCGAAGUUUGAUGGAGAUUCUGAACCCAGUCAAAUCCAUGGCUUGCUAUUUUCCAAAACUCAUAAUUUGACCAGGCACGGGUUGCAACCUUCUCCGCUGGUAGUGUGCAUGGUCAGUUGGUCACAAAAUACAAUCACAAACAAGUGGAAUACAAUCACAAACAAGUGGGCCUUUUCAAACUGGGACCCUCGAUUGAAAGCAACUAAAAAAGAAUACUCCGAUCUUUCCCAAGACAGAAGAGACCCGAAUCCUUUACGUAGUUCCUCCAGCACUAGCUACUUAAGGACUGCAUCUCAAAGAUAAAAUUUCACCAUUCUCAACCCACAUAUGGCUCUACCUGAUUUCCCAGCCACCAUAUGGCUCCUUGUUCUCUUACUUCUUCCCCUUGCGGUUCUCAUAAUCAAGAACAAGAUCAACUUAUCAGGAAGGAAGAACAGCAACCUGCAGCAGAUUCCACCACCUGGUCCUCCUAAACUUCCAAUACUGGGCAACUUAUAUCAGCUUGGUGCUUUGCCACACCAGUCACUCUGGCGAUUUGCCAAUAAAUAUGGCCCUGUUAUGCAAUUCCACUUCGGCAGGAUGCCCGCAGUGAUCAUCUCCUCCCCUAAAGCCGCCCAAGAAGUCAUGAAGGUUCAUGACCUUGACACUUGCAGCCGGCCAUCCCUGGUUGGCACUAGGAGGCUGACAUAUAACUAUCUGGAUGUGGGGUUCUCACCUUAUGGAGACAACUGGAGGUUCAUGAGGAAAAUGAUCAUACUCGAGCUCUUCAGUGUGAAGAGGGUAAAGGCGUUUCGGUUUGUUCGGGAGGAAGAAGUUGGCUUGCUGAUCGACUCCAUCUCUGAAAUAUCAGCAUCUGGCUCCACCUUUGAUCUCACCGAGAAGUGUUUCUCUCUCACAGCAAACAUAACCUUCAGGAUGUCUUUUGGGUUCAAUUAUCACGGGAGUGACUUUGACAAAGGCAGGUUUCAUGAAGUGAUUCAUGAAGCUCAGGUUGUUAUGGGAACCAUAUCGGGGGAGGAGUGUUUCCCUCGACCAUUUGGUUGGAUUGUCGACAAAUUCAAUGGUCAUCAAGCAAGGAUUGAAAGAGUUUUCCAUGAGCUCGACACUUUCUACAGACAUGUCAUAGAUGAACACCAUAAGCCUGGAAGGGAAGAAGCUGAGGAAGAUAUGAUUGAUGUGAUGCUGGCAAUCGAGAAGGAACAAUUUCAACUACACGGUAGAAAAUCUAAGUUCAGAAGAGAGAACAUCAAGGCAGUUUUCCUGAACCUGUUCUUAGGUGGAAUUGACACUGCCGCAUUAACUGUGACCUGGGCGAUGGCAGAGCUGUUGGCAAAUCCCAGAUUGAUGAAGAAAGCACAAGAUGAGGUCAGGGUCAUAGUUGGAGAGAAAGGCAGGGUAACCGAAGAUGACCUUGAAAAUUUGGAAUACAUGAAGCUGGUAAUCAAAGAAACUUUGAGACUCCAUCCGCCAGCCCCUCUUCUACUCCCUAGAGAAGCAUCGUCUCACUUGAAAAUCAGUGGAUACGAUAUUGCCCCCAAGACAAUGAUCUACGUCAAUGCCUGGGGAAUGGGACGGGACCCAAACUACUGGAAGAAUGCUGACAAGUUCAUGCCUGAAAGAUUUGCAGACAGCUCCCUGGAUUUUAGAGGGCACGACUUCGAGUACCUGCCAUUUGGAGCUGGUCGCAGAAUCUGUCCUGGAAUUAACAUGGGAAUAAUCUCCGUCGAAAUUGCACUGGCGAAUCUGCUGUACUGCUUUGACUGGAAACUCCCAAAUGGGAUGAAGCCCCAAGAUAUAACCAUGGAAGAGAAGACUGGCGCCAGUCUUUCUGUGUCCAGAAAGGAGCCUCUCAUACUCGUCCCUGUCAACUGGCUCAACAAGUAAACCAGCAGAAGCACAUCAGCGGAGCAAUAUGAAUCCAUAAGUGCUAAACCAUAUGUGUUAAUACUAUUUGAAAAUUAUCUGUGCUACUACUAUAUAUGAUUUGUUUUGCUGCAAUUAGCGUGCAUAAAAAAACAUGAGAUAAACUUAUCUGGGAACAACUUUGUACUGCACAAUGAAUGCAGAAAUGAAAGCCAAGAACACCAUAGAUAACCUGAAAAUGGGAACAAUAGGGAGGGAAGCAACAGGUACAAUAAUCCUUAUGCAAGAUAACAACUUUGAAUCCAUGAAUAUUGAGCAGCAAGGAAAUAGGAGCAGAAAUGAAUGCAGAAUUAGCAAAAGCAAUGAUGCACAGGAAACCACUGCAUUUAGGGCUCGCAAGCAAAGUGGGCAAUUUGAUCUAUGGUGUUUAAUGGCGGUCACUAGAAAAGAUUGUUAUACCUGACUGAAUUGGUGCUACCCAAUCUCAAUACGCAAUAUGACUAUAGCGCAGUGGAAAAAGAGCCAUCAACAAAGUUGCGCUGCAUUGCAUACUGAGGUGCAUGGAAGCUUUUUUCUAAAAUCCCAGAAAACCGCAACCUGGGUAAAGGGAUUCGACCCAACAGGCGGCCUUUGACUGGUCGACGCACCAGAAUCCCGGUGGAAUUAGGUGAAUCAAGCAGAAUUUCAUGACUGUUCCAAUUUUCAGUGGAUAUGACAUUCCUCCUAGACAAUGAUCUACAUCAAUGCCUGGGGAAUGGGACGGGACCCAAAAUACUGGAAGAAUGCUGACAAGUUCAUGCCUGAAAGAUUUGCAGAGAGCUCCGUGGAUUUCAAAGGUCAAGACUUCAGAUUACCUGCCAUUCGGAGCUAGUCGCAGAAUCUGUCCUGCAAUAAACAUAGGAAUAACCACCGUCGAAAUUGCACUGGCGAAUCUGCUGUAUUUGACUGGAAACUGCCAAAUGGGAUGAAGGCCGAAGAUAUGACCAUGGAAGAGAAGAGUGGCGUCAGAAUUACCGUGGACAGAAAGGAGCCUCUCGUACUCAUCCCUGUCAAGUGGCGCAACAAGUAAAACAGAAGAAGCACAUCAGCCGACGGGCAAUACAAUCCGUAGCAGCGGAACUCGUAGACUACUGCUUGUAAGUAAAUAAGACACCAAAAGCACUAGCUCUGUGCCCGGCCUUUCGCAGUGUUUGAUAUCAGUAGGUGUUUGUUUCCCUGCAAUUAGCGCGCAGAAAAAAAGAAAUCCAAGAACACCAAACAACGGGAAGUGAAGAAACAUGCAAAAUAUAAUAAUUGGCCAUAGCAACAGCAAAUUAGAGCGGCGGCACAGCAGAAUUAGCAAAAGCAACUUAAUACAGAAGACUACUGCAUUAGGGAAAGCUUAUCCCAAAACCCCAAAACCGCAACUAGGGCAAAGAGAUUCAGAUUUCAGACCGAAUAGAAAGAAAAAAAAAAGGGCUAUUCGAUUGCGCGUUGUCAGAGGCUGAAUUGCGGUCGUGAUUAUGUGAAUCGGGCAGAAUGUGACGACGUGAUUGGGUGAACUCGGCUUCGAAGAGGCGGAGGAGCAUAAUCGGCGCGGAGGAAUUUCACCUGGCAGCGACGAAUUUGACAGGGGGGAAUGGAUGGGAGGGGAAUCCCAGCCGGAGUGUGCCUCAGGAGUUAGGACGCCGAUCGCCGGACCGAGAGGAGAAAAUAAUCGGAGACCGGGUACUGGUGAAGGGAAACGUCUGGCACAUUUUCCCGCCAACAUAAACCUCCAUUCUUACU